GCCCUUGGUCCAGUGCGAGAGUCGCUCCGGAAGCUCUUAUCUUGAUUAUCUAACUAUAUGGAGACUUUACGUGACGCUCGGUGCCACUCUUCACAGAGAGUCGCUCUAAAUCAGGCUUGCCCCCAGCGGUGACCACCUUCUCUGGGAGGGGAGGGAGGAGGCAAAGGAUCGUGACCGUGCAUGGAUGCAACCGGCGGGCCAUCCGCGAAGUCAGGUUCCUCAAUACAAUGAAAAUAGAUAACGUGCCUGAGCGUGGCUCCUCGCGGCGCGCUGCUCUACGUCAUGUUCAAUCCUUGCAACAUUUAGCCUGAUUAGUGUCCAGUGCCUUGAUGGAGCAGUGCCAAGGCGGACCAAGGGCGGGCGUGGGCCUGGCCGUGUGCGAGCUCUUUGCGUAACUCUCCACGUUUCCUCUGUCUGAGCAGACUCGACCAAGUUAUUUUAAGAGAACUGGGCCAAAACAGAGCGUCUCAUUCCCUGCCAGGGUCAUGGCCGGCUCCCGCACGAGGACCGUGGCCCGCGUGGUGGGGCUGGGGGCGGGCAUAGCCGGUCUGGGCGCCCUCGCUGCCUCGUACAUAUACGAUGACGACCAGCACACAAAGAGACAGUUCAUUCGGGUGGCAGCAGCCGAGAGCCUCAAUGUCAGGCCCACCAGGGCUUUGCCCACUCGGGAGGAACAGCUCAAAAGUCUGGGCUCUGAGCCCUUUGAUGUGUUGGUCAUCGGAGGAGGAGCCACAGGCGCUGGCUGUGCCCUGGACGCUGUGUCCCGGGGCCUCAAGACAGCGCUUGUGGAGAUGGAAGACUUCAGUUCAGGGACAUCCUCCAGAUCAACCAAGCUGAUCCAUGGAGGUGUUCGGUACCUGCAGAAAGCCAUCCUGGGCCUUGACUUGGAGCAAUACAAGAUGGUGAAGGAGGCUCUCCACGAAAGAGCCAACUUGCUGGAUAUUGCUCCCCACCUCUCAUAUCCACUCCCCAUCAUGCUGCCAGUGUACAAAUGGUGGCAGCUUCCAUACUUCUGGGCGGGCAUAAAGAUGUAUGACUUUGUGGCCGGCAGCAAAUGCCUAAAGAGCUCCUAUGCCAUCAGUAAGGAACGAGCUCUUGAGUUGUUUCCGAUGCUAAAGAAGGACAAGCUUGUGGGAGCCAUCGUGUACUAUGACGGCCAGCACAAUGACGCCAGGAUGAACCUCUCCAUCGCCCUCACAGCAACAAGGCUCGGCGCCACCAUCGCCAACCACACCAGAGUGCUGUCGCUUCUUAGAGAAAAGGAUGAGAAUGGCAAGGAGAGGUUGUGUGGUGCCAGAGUUAAGGACGAGCUCACUGGAAAAGAAAUAACAAUUAAGGCAAAGUGUAUAGUGAAUGCCACUGGACCUUUCACCGACUCUAUCAGAAAAAUGGACAAUCAGGUGGUCAAGGAAAUCUGUGCUCCGAGUAUGGGCGUCCACAUCACGCUUCCAGAUUACUAUUCCCCUGAGCAGAUGGGGCUCCUUGACCCUAACACAUCCGACGGCAGAGUGAUUUUCUUCCUGCCCUGGGAAGGCCGCACCAUUGCCGGAACUACUGACACUCCCUGUAGCGUCACCCACAGCCCAGCACCCACAGAAGACGACAUUCAGUUCAUUCUUAGGGAGGUCAAAAAUUACCUCAAUCCAGAUGUAGAGGUCCGUCGAGGAGAUGUUCUCUCAGCCUGGGCAGGAAUCCGGCCUUUGGUUCAAGACCCAAACAAGACAGACACACAGAGCAUAGCAAGGAACCAUAUCGUGCAUGUGAGUGAAUCUGGACUGGUGACAAUUGCUGGAGGGAAGUGGACCACCUACAGGUCAAUGGCAUCAGAGGCCAUUGAUGCAGCAGUCAAAGCAUGUGACUUGUCCUGCGUCCACCAAGAGUCUCAGACCGAUGGGCUGCUGCUGGAGGGAGGACACACCUGGACCCCCACCAUGUUCAUUCGCCUCGUCCAGGACUUUGGUCUGGAGUCUGAGGUGGCAAGGCACUUGGCCCACACCUACGGGGACAGGGCCUUCAGCGUGGCUAAGUUGGCAUCCCUCACCGGGCAGCGCUGGCCCAUUGUUGGUCGGCGGCUCCACAGUGCGUUCCCCUACAUUGACGCUGAGGUGCGGUACGCCUGCCGGGAGUACGCAGCCUCUGCCGUGGACGUGAUUGGCCGGCGGCUUCGUCUGGCCUUCCUCAACACCCAGGCGGCCGGCGAGGCGCUGCCAACCAUAGUCAGCAUCAUGGCAGAGGAAUAUAAAUGGUCAGAGGCAGAGAAAAAGAGGCAGUACGAGGCAGCCGUCAAGUACCUGCAGCAAGAAAUGGGCCAGAACGUUAAUCGAGCUUCAAGGGAAAAGAUACCCAUCAACCUCACCAAGAGCGAGAUAUCAGAGUACGUGAAGCGCUUCAACUCUCUCGACACGGACAAGAAGGGAUACAUCUCCCUGAAUGAUCUUCGGGCGUCACUCAAGAGAGAAGGGGAGAAACUAGGCUUUGAGCUGCAGCAAGAUGUUUUGAAAGAGAGUGAGACUGACACGCAUAGACGAAUUGAGUUCCAAGACUAUGUUCAGGCGAGAGGUCAGGAUGUCCCCGGUGAAACCCUCCAUGAGAUACUGAAAGAGAUCGACCUCAAUCUCAAUGGGCAGGUGGAGUUUGAUGAGUACCUGCAGAUGAUGGCAGCAAUAAAAGUCGGCUCCAUCUCACACUCCCGCUUCGCCCAGCUGGCGGAGAUGGCGGCGGAAGACCAGAGGAAUAAGAUAAGUGUUGACCGCAGCGGAGGCGGACUAUAGUAAGAUGUAUCACAACUGGUGUAUAUAGUCGUCCCUCAGAUAGUACAGUUUCCAAUAGUUCAGUUUCGGUUUUAUACGGAUUGUCACAGAAGAGCUUUUAGGAUUUUUAAAUUUCAUGCUCGUCGGGAAAUUUAAAAAUCCUAAAAAAUCUUCUUAGAAAAUCCACAUAAAACCAAAAUUGAACUAUUGGAAGCCGUACUAUUUGAGGGAUGACUGUAUUUGAUUUAGUGCAAGGUCAUUUCUUUGUCUUUUUUUCAAGUUAACAAUAAUAAGGAACAACAAAUAUAAGGAUACUGGAAAUGAUAAAUGUUUUAUUAGUGUUUGGAAAGAAACAUAUUCCCUGAUAGAAUGUGGUGGUUUGGUUUUUGGUUUUAUUGAAAAAGACAAAGGUCCAUAUUCUUAAACACAUCAGGCUCCCUUCAUGACUGUUUCCCAAAGCCACCGAGAAGAUUGACAGGGUUUUCAUGGGUGGUUUUACCGUACAAGAUGCAGAAGUCAGGUAAAACUACCACUGGGAUCACAAAACAGUCCAUGAAAACACCAGCAACUUCUACGAGAGGCUUUUCAGGCGAACAGAGGCAUUGAGACGUUUAAGAAUAUGGGCCUGAAAGAACAUUGCUGAUAUUGGACAGUCAUAACAGGCCAUUCCUUGCCUCUAUGUUGUCAAGCAAGAGACUGUGCUGGUAUACUAGAAGGAAUAUGUCACUGCGGAAAGGCCAAUAGGAUUUUUACCUUGACUCAAGAUAUUAUUAAGGCCAGAGCUCUGUCCACACAAUGACACCCAUGAGCACCAGCCAGUCACAGGCCACUCCUGGUGGAAGCAGUGUUGCAUCUCUCCCUCUGUACACAAAUAAAUGAAAAAUACACCAUUGAGGUGCUCCCCUGGCUUGGCAAGUGUCUGCAUUUUUAUUACCAAUGCAGCCUUUAGAUAGUCAGCCCUCUGGAUGAUGAAAAUUUUAUCUGGCUGCAAAAAACAAGUAUUGGAAGGUAAUUUUUUGAAGUCAGCAUUUUGAUAUUCAGAAAUCUUUUAAUUUAUUACAGUAUGUUAUUUUUCUACAAGAGAUACAUGAAGAAAAUGCAGUCUGUCAUCAUUUGAUUGUCUGUAGUAUGCCUCUGAUGAUUUAAGAGCUAAAUUUGGACUGUCCCACAUUGUUGAAGUUUUAAUAAAAAAAUCAAGCAUCACAGUGUUCUCAACAUAUCAGAGGAAAGAGAAGAGAUGAAAAACAUGAGGGAACUACAAUCAGCAAGUACCUAAACUGAGCAAGCAGUCCUUUGCUUUUGGCUUACAAGUCUAGGGAGUGAGUCAUACAGAGAACCAUCACGUCAUGAACAAAUCAUCGGUUCAUACUCUUGAGUUAGUCACAGGAAGAAAGUAUAAUAGUGAUCACUUCCCUUUGUCUCAUAUCCCCUUCAAAAAAUACACACAAUGAAAGAAAAGAAUAUUUGUCAUAAGCAAUGGAAACCUUGACUGGGCAGACGUGAUCAUGUGCGCCCUCACUUCUGAUGUCUCAACGAUUGCUUGUGGCUGACUCAAAAACCAUGAAGAAAGCCAACUGAAACCUUCCAGCAACAUCUUCCCACGGCCAAGACACACAAAGGAGGUGCUAGGAGCAUAUCUGAAAAAUUGAUUACCCCUCAAAGUUCCUAAAAAUCAUAUAAUAUUUGAAAGACUUCAUUAUACCAAACCAGGAAUUCAAUAUGUAUAAUGACUUUAACAAGAGAUUUGAAACUUCCAAUUGCUUAGUCAUUUGGGUUGAUUUCUUUAUUAUUAUCAUCCAACCCCACCAUAGGGAAUAAAUGGACGUUAAACAAUAAUGAUGAUGAUGAUGAUGAUGAUUCUUAAUUAUUAUUUUUACAAAUUAGACAUUUUGCUGAGUGGAUGAAGCUUAGACUCAAUUAUUAUGGAGCAAAUAAGUACAUUGGCUUUAAGAAGUGCUUACAAAUGACUUGGGUGUGCUGGGAGAACAUGGUCUGUGAUAACGGGUGUAGGAGUAAAGCUGUCAUGGUCUGUAAGGUUCAGUUUCCAAGAGGUUUCAUCAUUUGUGUUCAGAGUCCUACGUGAGGCUGACUCUUUUAUUUGCAUAUUUAGGAGCUGCCUCCACACACAAACAAAGGUAUGAUUGAUGAAAGGUGGUGAAGGAAACACGGGCUCGGGAACGAGUGUUUACUCCUGACUAGUUUCGCCUUAGUGGGCUUCUUCAAAGGAACAAGGUUUAUACAUGGGUAAGCUGUCUUAUAUACAAAAAUGAGGGCUCCCCUGGGAUACUUGGAGGAUGUUGCCUGUCUCAUUCCCCAGCCCAUGUUUCCUUCACCACCUUUCAUCACUUGUCAUAAUGUCUACACAAGUUAUGAUUGUUAGAGUAAGCAUGGAGUUGGUAAUGCAUAUGGAAUACUGAAUUGAGCUGCCAAAUACUGGGGAGGUCUUUCAAAAACAGCCCAACAAAGAGACUUGUCACUUUGGGUCUUUC